AUGCAAUCCUCAAAAAGCCUUAUCCGUUGUCUGCGCGCGUCAAAUGGAUUAAUUUUACCAACUCGAGUUGCGACAUCAAUAUCUCGUCCAUCAUUCCAGACAGCAAGACCUCUGCUCUCUUCACUACAAUACAAUAAACCAGCCGCAAAUAUCUUCCGAAGAUUCAACUCCAACUCCUCAGACUCUCCUUCUCCCCGGCCGCUGACCGAUCAUCUCUCCAGCCCGUCCAACGACGCCGCUAAUGCGGAACAGAACACCGCGCGCAGAGCGGAAGAGCCCGCAUACCGAAUUACAUUUACAUGUAAACCUUGCCAAACCCGGUCAACACAUACAAUGUCCAAACAUGGCUAUCACAAAGGCACCGUAUUGAUUACCUGUCCUGAGUGUAAAUCCCGUCAUAUCAUCGCCGAUCAUCUGGGCAUAUUCAUGGACGAGAAAACCACUCUCGAAGAUAUUCUGGCCAAGGCCGGAAACAAUGUCACAAAGGGAUAUGUUGAGGGAGAUAUGGAGUUCUGGGAAGAUGGCACUGUCUACAAGACGGGGACCGAUGAGAAGCCUCCUGAAGCCAGCUCGAAGGGAACUCCAUGA